GUCAAAAUCUAGGACGUAGUCAUCGAAAUGUCAUCAACAAAAGAAUGCUUCAAUUCCAGAAAUAUGUUUACCAAAUGUCGGUGUUCAGAAGCUAUUGCAGAUGUGUUUCAUUACCUUCAAGGGGCGAGCAAGUGAUGACAACAGUAAAGCCGGCGACCCGGAUUGACCGCACAUACGCUAGAUGUUACAGCAACGGUACAGGGAGCUCCCUUCUCAAAGACGAACUGAAGUUUUUGCAGUCGUUCUAUGCAUCAGAAACCCAUGGUGUUCUGUCUAUUGAGAGCGGGUGUCGGCGAUUCUGCGAGCUAUAUCGUUCUAUGGACGCCGGGAGUAAGAUGGAACUACUGCGCCACAUCGCUGAGAACUAUGGCGUGGACCAGACUGUGAUAGUCAACGUGGCACAGCGAGUCAUUGAUAUACAGACGCGCGGGGAUGUGCCGAUGCUACGGGCCGAGGAGCGUCUGAAGAGGGCGCUGACGGCGAAGUACCAGUUGCUGUUCACGGACAUCGGCCGGCUCGAGGGAGGAGUCAAGUUUCUUGCGGAUAUGAGGGCAGAUAUUCUGUGGCUUUUAUCGAAGUCGGCCACGAGUGUGAGUGAGACGGACCGCGCCCACUUGACCAGCCUGCAGUUAUGUCUGAAGGAGCUGUUGUCCCUGUGGUUCACUAUGGGCUUCCUGCGCCUUGAGAGACUCACCUGGCAGUCUCCAUGCGAUGUGUUACAGAAGAUCUCGGAGUUUGAGGCGGUACACCCGGUGCGUCAUUGGGCGGACCUGAAGCGUCGGGUGGGUCCCUACCGUCGCUGCUUUGUCUUCACCCAUACCAGCAUGCCACGAGAACCCAUUGUCGUCCUUCAUACAGCGCUCACCGGGGAAAUAUCUUCAUCCAUAGAUUCCAUUCUUGAGCGGCCUGGUGGUCGGGACAAUGCCGAUACCAGAGUACCGGAGCAUGGACAUGAGGACCCCAACAAGAUUAACACGGCCAUGUUCUACUCAGUAACCUCCACACAGAAAGGUCUGCAUGGAGUAGAUUUGGGUAACUACCUUAUCAAGCGUGCGGCGGGCGAGCUGGCCCGGGAGUGGCCUCAGAUCACCCAGUUUUCAAGCAUCUCCCCCAUACCUGGGUUCCGAGAAUGGCUCCUUGGAGAGAUCAACAGGCAAAUAGCAGCACUAAAAGAUGGCUCACGUGAAGGUAGUGCUCAUCUGCUGACAUUGGAGGAAGUGGAAUCUAUUUGCUCAAUUUCCAACACCAGCAAUGACAUUUUACUUGCUCUAUUGCAUGUAAAGGAGCUAAUUAAUGACCACAUAUGGACAAAGAGUCCGCAAACAAGCCAGACGCUUAAACCUUUACUGAUGAGACUAUGUUCUCAAUACUUGUAUAAAGCAAAACGACGGGGAUACGCAUUAAACUCAGUUGCAAAUUUUCAUCUUCAAAAUGGCGCAGUGCUUUGGCGGUUAAACUGGGCAGCCGAUAUGACGUCAAGAGGACUAGAGAACUCGUGUGGUUUAAUGGCUAAUUAUCGCUAUUUCUUGAACGACACUGUCACAAACAGUCAACGCUAUAUAGAAAGUGGAUACAUUUGUGCUUCAGAGCAAGUUCUUCUUUUGUGUGGAUAAACAAUGAAAUCGAUGGUAGCAAAAGUUUCGAAAUAUUUAUUUCUUGCUGAAUUAAACCAUAAUAUUUCGAAGAGCUUGAUAAUUUUCCUCAAAGAGCGUGGCGUCAAGUUGUUGUAUCAAUUCCUGAAAAAUGGAAUAAACACUGAAGUUGCAAUUCCAAUAAAUAACAAAUGAUCAUU